CAAAAACCCACAGCUCCCACAUCGUCAACUCUGCACCUCUUUACUCCAACAACUAGUGAUUUCGGCAUACUCAGCUCUGCAAAUCUAUAAUUGUCACAUUUUUGAACAAGGAGUAGGGAUCCAGAGACUGAUUUUUGGCGGUUGCCACUCUCCGUCUCGAUGGCGCCUUCAUUCGUUACCAUCGAUAACACCCCAGACUUCGAUUUCACGCCUCAACCACAGCCCACCAAGAAGGCAGUCGACUCUACUACCCGCACGCUCCUCAUCGCGCCUCCCUCCAUUGCCAGCCAUGAGGAAAAACUCCACGGCGUUCUCGCCAUCCACGACCGCUCCGUCACCGACCUCCAAAUGCUCGACCGCAUCUCCGCGGGACUCGCUAGACUGCCCCUCGCAACAUACGACCUGAUCAUUAUCCUCACCGACGUCGACGGAACGCGCAUUGAGUCCGGAAAGUUGCUGAGCCGAGAUGUAUACAGCAGCCUCGUGCAAUCGCUCAAGGCGGGCGGAAAACUACAGUCCCAGGACGGCACAUUUGGACAGACCACUACCAGUGGCGAAUAUACCGAAGCUAUCCUUGCUGGGUUGGUGGCCAACAGCGCUGGGGGGAUGAUGAAGCCGGAUUACAGUGCCAGCGAGGCAGUGCCCCUACGCUUCGGCCGUAACAAGAAGAAGGACGCCGUGUCUGAUGCAGGCCCUCCAGCGACGAUUGUAACUCUGAAGCGAAAGAGUGUGGAAAUUACUCCUAGCCAAGCCAAGCCAAAUGGCGUGGGGUUCGUGGACUUCAGCGACGACUUUGGAGAGGAGAUCACAGGCGAGGAUGAGGAUGAUGACGAUCUAAUCGACGAGGAUACCCUGCUCACAGAGGAAGACCUGAACGGCAUGAUCGUUAUCCCACCGGAGUGUGUCCCAAGAGUCGGGAAGCGCCGUCGCGCAUGCAAGGACUGCUCGUGCGGCCUAGCAGAGAAGAUUUCAGCCGAAGACGAGGCGAAGCGCACUUCUGCCGACGAUAAGCUCAAGGCUCUCAAGCUCGAUUCGUCGGACCUAGCGGAGGUUGACUUCACCGUCCAAGGCACGGUUGGGUCGUGUGGAAGCUGCAGUCUCGGCGAUGCCUUCCGAUGUGACGGCUGUCCGUACAUUGGAAUGCCAGCCUUCAAGCCUGGAGAGGAGGUCAGGUUGCUUAAUAAUGAUGUCCAGUUGUAAACGCUGUCGAUGCGAGGCGCUUGGAGUUUGAGGCUAUAUGCCCACGGUUGGUAUGGAAGCCUGGUUGGCUGGUUCCUGGGUAGAUGGGUGGCUGCUUUAUACAGCUUGGUUUUACAUUGAAGUUAUAUGAUCGAGCAAGCACGUUGCAGCAAAUCGCUUAUCGAAGACUUCUUAGAAUUAAACAACAUCUCCGCUAUAUUAAUAGCUCAGGUAUGCGAGCAGUGACAUUUUCCAAGCCAAUAGUAAUAUGGUCCCCCGCCCAUGCUGUCGUUUGGUUUAUAGAGUAGAUACAUAGAUACACCUUCACGAACAUUGGGGCGUUAAUGUCACUAAAGAAAAAGGGGG